AUGGAUCCCAGCAACCCCUCCGGCAGCGGCUAUGCGUCGCCUUCCGGCAACCCGCGCGGCCGCCACCCCGAAUCCUACCUUUCGCCCUCCACGUCACGCCGCCCUUCGUACAUGACUGUCGGCACCGGCUCAGUCUCAGAGAGUGCCAGUCGCCUCGCCGCCAUGCUCGAUGAUGAUUCCGGCUACGGCGGUAGCAUUGCCGACGGCACCAGCGCGCGUUCUGGGUGGCAUCCCGGCAUUACUGAGGACCGUCCGACCCCCAGUCACACUCCUGUAUUGCCCGGCGAAUCCAAUUCUGCGUCCGAGCACGAGCGGCGCACCCUUGCCAGCCAUAUCCAUCAGCUGUUCUAUAACCAAAAUAGGUCGGCUCUAGCUCGCUCCAUCGGCCGGACCGUAGAGACAUUGAAGAAGCUCCAGUCGAUGAACAUGCAAUGGCCAGCGCACUAUCCCCAGGUCCAGCGCUCAGACGCUCCUACCCCAGCUAAUGGCCACUCGGAACCGCGUCCUGGGAUUCAACACACUCAGUCGACCUGGGACAACCACCGGGGUGUGGAGCAGGACUCGCCGAACCGGCCUACGCCUCUUAGGCGCGCUGGUACGUCGCUGGGAGAGAGCUCGACGACGGCCGAAGCAAGUUCGGCGGCAACGCAGAGACCUGUCCAGGAGCCGCGCCUGGUCACGCCACAGUUGGCCCAGGACUUUUCCGUCCUGAAGAUUGAUCUCAAGAUGGGUGCUUUGUCGCAAACCGAAUUAGUCCAUUCCCUGGAGAAAGGAGCCAUUGCCCAGUUGCUUGACGGCCAGAUCAACAAGAGCAUUCGUCACCUGUUCUCUCUCCGGGAGCGCAUCGAGGACACUUCCAGUAAGGUCCUGGUCACUGGUGAUCUUAACGCUGGCAAGUCCACAUUCUGCAAUGCUUUGCUGCGUAGGAAGAUCCUGCCCGAAGAUCAGCAGCCCUGCACGAGCAUCUUCUGCGAGGUCUUGGAUUCGAGAGAAAACGGCGGCAUCGAAGAGGUGCACGCAAUUCCGAUUGGAUCCGUCUACAACCGUGACAAUGAGGCGACUUAUGACGUCUACACUAUUCCACAGCUCGAGGAUAUUGUGUUGGAGAACGACCGUUACGCCUCUUGCAAGAUCUACGUCAAGGACAUCCGCUCAGUCGACGAGUCGCUUCUGAACAACGGAGUGGUGGACAUUGCCCUUAUCGACGCCCCUGGUCUCAAUGCCGAUUCCUUGAAGACCACUGCAGUCUUUGCCCGCCAGGAAGAGAUCGAUGUCGUCGUCUUCGUCGUCUCUGCAGCCAAUCACUUUACGCUAUCUGCAAAGGAGUUUAUCUUCAAUGCAGCCAGGGAGAAGGCGUACAUGUUUAUGGUUGUGAACGGCUUUGACAAUAUCCGGGACAAGAAGCGUUGCCAGGACCAGAUUCUGAAGCAGGUUGCUAAGAUGAGCCCGGCCACUUUCAAGGAGUCUUCUGAGCUUGUGCAUUUCGUCACCAGCAAGGCCAUUCCUGUAGCUCCUCUAGAGAUGACUGGUGGAUCUGGCUCGGGCUCUGGUGAUGGCGGCCCUGGAGGAGAUCCUGACGAUGACGACAAAGGCGACCCCAAGGGCAAAGGAAAGGAGAAGGAAAAGAUUCAGGACUUCGAGGAACUGGAGGCCGCCCUGAGGCGUUUCGUAUUGGAAAAAAGGGCACGCUCUAAGUUGGCGCCGGCGAAAACGUACCUCAUGAACCUUCUCGGAGAUCUCAACAAUCUUGCAACAGUCAACCGGGAUAUGGCGCAGGCUGAGUUGGAUCGUGUCACCAACGAACUGAAGGAGCUGGAGCCAGCAUACGAGCAGUCUAAGAAAUCUCGGAUUGAGGCCAGUCAAGAUGCAGAUCACACCAUCGAAGAAACCGCCGCCGAUGUCUACGAAUACACCCGGGACACGGUGACGACAACUAUUACCCGUGUCGCUGAACAUGACCUUGGGCUGGAAUACCCUGGCUUAUUUAGCGCGUUCGACUAUGCAGAGGAGAUCAAGGCUGCCAUGAUACAGGAGAUCUCCGAGAGCGUCUUCAGCUGCGAAGAUUACGCUAGGGAACAGACGACCAUUGGCUUCAGGAGAAUAUCCAGCUUGGGAAUCUUGCACCUAGGCGAUGAUUGGUCUCACCUCACAUUCCAUCCCGAGAAGAUGUUCCGUAAGAGACGGGACGCUCUUGCGAGGCAGGUCGACUUUGAUGUCGACGUAUGGGACUUCUUUGAUUUGACCAAUUUGUGGGAGCGUCAGGAGAAGUUCGCUGGCACGAGUAUGGCUGUGACUGUUGCUGGUGUCGUAGGCAGCAGAGUGGUUGGCGGAAUGAGUUGGGUCGAUGGCGCAAUGGGUGCGAUGAGGAUCAUGGGUUCGAACGGCCUUCGCAAGAUGGCUGUUCCUGGUCUCAUCCUGGCUGUCGGACUUGGCAUUGCGUACGCCUUGCAAUCUAUUCCGAAGUCCCUUCCGCGUCGCCUCAGCACCAAGCUCUCGGCACAGCUCGAAUUGCUCGACUACACGCAUGCCAAUGCUUCUCGUAUCAGCUCAGAGGUGCGCAAAGCGCUCAAGCUUCCGGCAGAUGAACUUCGCGUCGGCCUCCAGCGCAGCGUCGAGGAACUGCAGGUCAAGAGGGAGAAGACGACCAAAUUCAAGGAGGAGUCUGAAGUCGCUCGCAAGUACUUUGGUAACCUUGUCCGCGAGAGCCACGACAUCAGGCACAGCGUCGAACGUGUCGACCUUGAGGGCCCGGCGCCUGGCGUUGCUGCUGCGUACGAGGCAUGA